GGACGACCGGUAUUGUGGGACAAAACUUUAAAGAUAUAUAAAGAUAAAAGACUCACAUACGAAGCAUGGAGAGAAAUAUUUAUUAUCUUAAACAAAGACUUCGACCGAAUGACAAAUGUCAAAAAAAAUGAAUAUGCAAAGUCUACAGCAAAAAAAUGGACAAGUUUGCGAGAUAGGUGGAUGAAAUGUCACAGAAGACUUAAAGAAAUGAAAUCGGGAUCGGGAGCUAAGAAGAUUCGUAAAUGUGAUUUUUACGACGAAAUGUUAUUUUUGACAAAAAUUGUAACACGCCGAGGCACUGACUCAAAUAUACCCGAAACAACAAACGUGGAAAAAAGUCCCGUAGAACAUACACCGAUCGCGAAAAAAAAGAAACAGGAUAUUAGCGAGGUGGACAAAAAUAUGGCAGAAUUUAUAAAGACUGUUACCAAAAUAGAAGAGAGCCGUGCCAUGUCAUUUUUUAAAAGUAUAGCUCCGAGCGUUGAUAAGUUCGGUGAUGAGGAAAUGGUGGAUUUCCAGUUUGAAGUUUUAAAACUUGUGCGUGCUACGCAACAACGAAAGGGAAGUGAUGUUCAGCAUCAAUGGAGUACUGAGUAUUACAAAACAACGCAGCCUUCUACGUCGUCAUUUAACGUAGCCGGCCCAUCAUACUCGACUCGACCAGGUUACAGUACUCAAAAAUCUACAUCCAUUCAAUUUGACACCGAAACUAUUAGUAGUGUGGAAACAUCGCAUACAGAUGAAUUUCAGUUUGACUUUUCUGAAGAAUAUGAACAUGAGGGGUCUGUUGAAUUUGGAAACAUGUAACACUUCAAAGACAUUUAUUAUUGUACAACGUUCAAAUCAAUAUGCUUAAAAAAAUUACUUACCUUAAUGUUACGGCCAAUCUAAUGUAUGGAGGAAUACUUUCUCGCAUUUUGGUAUUUUCAUGUCGUAUAUUAUUUUCUAUACUUGUCAAAAGCUUGUCAAACGUAGAUAUUUUCAUGCGAAAAUAAUCCACAAAUUUUUCCUCAUGUUGUCGCAUGACACGGUAAAGGGUAAUGAACCCACCAAACUCAUUUUUCUCUUGUAUAAUUGGAUGAACCCAGUAAAGUCUCUUGUUUUUUGUUUCUUUUUUUAUUUUGUUAUAAUAAUAAUAUGCUAUUAUCAUUCUUUUUUGCUUUGUAGUUAACAUUUAGGUAUAUAAAUAAACGAAACUCACACUGAU